AUGUCAGAAGGUGAAGUUCAGGUGAUAGAACUCAUAAAUAACUUCUUUCUUAAGUCUGCGCUUCUACUUGAGCAGUCCAAGGUAGCACAUAACUUUGAUACGGAGGAGGCGCUGAGGGAUGGGAAUCAUUUGUUUAACAUUGAAACUCGCGGCGACCCUCUGUUGGAGGCUCAGAUCCAGCCCUGGAUCACGUUUGAUGGAGUGAAGACAAUGCCGCCAUUAGUAAUAGAAACGUACUUGGAUCUACGAGCUUUGCAACCCAACCAUAUGGUGUAUCUUCAUGACGCGGAUGGUAAUCCAUGGAUGGUUUGUAAAGGGGGCAAGAAAACUGAGAUUGUACUGGAAAGAUGGCUUGUAGAACUUGAUAAGCAGACGAUAGAUGACUCCAUCGAUUCAAAUGAUCCUGAAAACUUGCAUAAACAAUUGGUAUUGUUGUUCCGCUACUUGUACACGCUUACCCAACUCUUACCUGCCAACGACAUCAUUACCAAGCCACACAAUUCACAACAGCCCGCACUUAUAAAUGUUCAAACUAGACUACUUGACGGUUCUAAGCCUAUUCUCUCUAAGGGGAGGGUCGGUUUAAGUAAACCUAUUAUUGCAUCAUAUUCCAACACAAUGAAUGAAACAAACAUUGCUUCACAUCUAGAACAACGAAAGAUUACACCGAUAAAAACUACAUUUGGCUCGUUGCGUAUCACGGUGUCUUAUAGAAAAGAUGUCGACUUUUAUGUUAUUGAUUCAGAUGAUUUACAAAAACGAUACAUGACACCAUCCUUAUCUAAUGAAACUACCACGGUACCUGAUAGAAGGGCUUCAUCCAAUUGUAGCAGAUCUAUGUCAGUUUCCCCCAAGACAAAUACCAUCAAUGCGACGCUUUUUCCCCUAGAAGGUUCAUCGGCAAGAAGGCAAUCCAUCUCUUCUAAACUGCAACCUUUUAAAGUUGGAUCAGUUGGGAGUGGCUCGUUUGUACAGAGUGGCAGUGCCCAGUCGACUACGAGUCUUGUUCCAAGUUUAUCAAGGAAUGUUUCGAGUUCAUCAGUGGUUGCUGCGUUGAAAGUUCAACGUGGUAGUGCCGGGUCUACUAUAGUAAAUGGUGAUGUACCACCAGAACUUUCUAGUGUUGGUAGCGGAUCGAAAUAUUCUUCAUCUUUUGGCAGGAUCCGCCGUCAUUCUAGUAUUAGAAGAUCAGAAAGUUUUGACAGGACCGCUAAACCAAGGAAAUCCACUGAAAACCCACCGGAAGAUUUGUUAGAGUUUGUGAAACUCUUGGAAGACAAGAAAGAGUUGAACAUGAAACCUAAUACAAUAUUGCCGCAACAAGAUAUCUCAAACUCAUUGAUGCGAUUUCAGUCCAUGAAAAGUAAUAACGAUGCUCUUAGCGAUAACCUUUCGAUGAGUAUGUCCAUCGACCAGCCUAAUGUUAGGUUUGGCUCAAAUUCACAUUCUCCAAUACCUUCAUUUUCACCAAAUUAUGGUUCCAUUCCCUCCAGGCUAUCUCAAGGUAGUAGAAACAAUAGUAAUGCGGAAUUGAUUACCAGCAGGAAAAGCUCAUUGGAUAGACACAAGCAUAAUCUAUUGAGCAGAACUGGAAGCAACGUUGACAUAAACAGGAGAGGUUCUGUAGGAACUAUGGAAACGACUAAUGAAGAUUCUAAAGAGGACGAACAGUCUCACAUGAAAGGAAUGCACUUCAGCAAUGAAGCAACCAUAAAUAAAGAUGACGAUGAGGAUGAAAUGUUAAUGAAACGUUCAUUUAACGCUGGAACAUCUACUACUGAGCAGGUUAUGGGGUCGCCCAGAUCUAUAAGAAGUAUUUCUGUAAGUUCUUACCCAAGAAACCAGCUUCCAUUGAAACAUCUCAACCUCUCUCACCCUACAACAUCGGCUACCACUACCCAUGCAAAAUUUCAUAAGAGUGAAAUGAGCCCCGACCCACUGCACACAGAAGGAGCACAACCGCAUACUAGCUCGCAACAUCAUAAUAGCUCUCAAAAAAAUGAUGAAGAUGAUGAUUUGUUAUUUGUUAUGAGUGAUAUGAAUCUAACCAACUAA